UCUUUCUUCCUUUCAUCCCUCCCACCCUUCGUUCUUUCUUUCUCUUGGGAAAAAGGAGAAAAGAGACCAGUAGCCACGUUCUUGCCUCUCAGGAUUCUCCAAUCCAAUUGUGGACCGUGUGCCCUGGGCGGUGGGGGUGGGGAGGGAGAGGGAGCCAGACGAGCACACCCUUCCACGUUGACCCCCAGUUCCGCAGUGGAUGCCUCUUCCCUUUAAAAGUCACUGUGCUCCCUUCUCACAGACACGUCGGCCACCCUUGCCUGUAGUUAAAAGAGGCUUCCCUCUUCUCUCGGUGAUAAAUUUUACUCCAAAGAAAAUCUCUUGCCCAGCCCCGGGGUCCCUGUUGUUCAUAGGCUGGGAGCCAGGACCCUGGCUUGGGCUCCUUUCACCGAGCCCUCCUUGCCAGUAGUUUUCUGCACAGCUGGUGGAUACUCGGUAUCCUUUACCAACUGACUGGCUCUUUUCCUCCGCUUUGGGUGUUAAGUGUGGUCCCUGGUCUCUGAUAAAGUAGGGCAGAGCCUCCUUAAUUUUUGUCCCAGGGUCCUGGUGACCCCUUAACUUUCUUACAUUCCCCGCCCCCCCAUCUCCCACCAUGGGCCGAAAGAAGAAGACUUUGCAUGACUAUGCGGCUGAGUUCAGUUCACAGACCUGGGGGUAAAACGGCACCUGACCGAACACAGUGAGUCCGGAGUCCCCUCUGUGGUGGAGACUCUGUACUGCAAAUCCUGUGAGCUGCCCAUGAGGGUGCGGAGGGACCGUAUCCUGGAGCACCUGUCCUCUGGCAGGCAUUAUAGGAACCGCCGCCUCCUUAAGCAGCAUGGAGGCCAAACCCCUACCUUUAUAUCAGCAGCCUCAGACCUGAGUAACCACCUCCCUAUACAACUUGAUCCUCCUCCAACCUUGCUUUCUCAGCCUCCCUACGUUUUCCCAGGGGUUCCCUGCCUCACCAACACCAGUGCCAGCGUGGCGCCUUCGCCUCUUUCCUACCCCAAAGCUUUGCUCCCUGCCCACCUCAGUGCCAUCAGCUCUACAGCCAGUGCCGUGCCUGUCAGAGAAGACCGAACUCCAUCUACCUCCACCAGCCACCCUUCUGCAUUCACGACUCUUCGCAUGAGAAGCCCUGCUGGCCCCUCACAACAGAACAACCAAAGGCUUGUGUCAGAAGCCUCCAACAGUGUGGUUUCUGGAAGCGGAGUGGCCUGGCUUCCUAGUGAUGGGGCUUUGGGGAGCAGCCUUGGCCUUGCUCUCUUUGGUGUGGGCCAUGGGAGCAAGGCAUUGUUUCAGAGCUUAGUGGAAGAAGACAGCUGCUGCUUGCUCUAUGUUGUUGAAAAUCAGCUGUCAGGGGUCGAGCAGGCCUUCAGAUCAGACCGUUUGGUGAACACCCGCGUGCUUCGGGAACAAGAUGCUGACUUGUACUUAACGAUCAGCGGCAAAGGUGUGUUUUGUGAGAAACUCCCUAGUUUGGAUAGACAGAUUGCUGAGAUGUGUUUCGAUGAAGCUAACAGAUGUGGGAAACCAUUAGUCUGUGGAUUCUACAAGCGUUUUGAUCCAGCUUUACAAUUCUUGUACCAGAAAGUCCGUGAGAGCCACGCGCUAGGGAGAAUACAUCGGAUAGCUGUGGUUAGCAGCCUCUAUCCGGCAGCUUCUCUCAGUUUACUAAGGAAGUCAGGUGGGAUCUUUUAUAAUGCUGCUGUGCACUACGUGGACAUCGUCAGUCUCUUGUUGGGAGAGAGCGUUCCAGACACAGUCUUUUCUUUGGGUCAUGCGUUCUGCUCAGAUGUGGCCUCUUUGAAAGAUGCAGACAGUGUCAUGAUCAGCAUGGAGUUUCCUAGUGGGGCCAUUGUGAGUCUGUAUAUCAGUCAACACUGCACCAGAAGCUGUGACCUGAGAGCGGAGUGUUUCCCCCAGGUUCAUGGUUCUCAAGGCACUUUACGGAUCAAUAAUCAGAAUCCCUUGGGGAUUACUGAGCAAGGCACCUCCGUGUCCAUAUACUCAGACACACAUGCCGAUCGAUGCCAAGAAGCAUACAGAGGACUCUUUCGACACUUUCUCAGAACCCUUAAAGGAAAAGAACCCCCAACUGUCCCCAAAGAACAGUUUCUCUGGACCCUUCAGGUGGCUGCAGCAGCUGAGCAGUCCUGGCGGAAUGGAUCAUCUGUCGACCUAAGCAAUGAAGGACAAGAUCCAAAUGCAGUAUCGGUUAUCAAGAUGGAAAUGCUGUGAAGAGGGAACUACUUACUGAAGAAGACAACCUUUUACCUAUUUACAUUUUCAUUAAUUUAAAAAAAUUAAUUGCAGUUUUUCGUGACUUUAUUUUCACUGGAAACCAUGAGCUGGGACCUUUGGGGAAAUGUGUGUAUAUGGUAAUGGUGUAGCAAGUAAUUUUCUUAGGAUGUUAUGUUAGGCCCAGAAAUGAAGCUUGGAGGGCGUCAUUCUGUCAGUGUGUAUUUUUCCUUGUGUUCGAAGGAGGCAUUUAGGUGAGAAAGGCUGACAUUUUGUUUUUAAAGAACCCGUCAACACAUAUGCAUCAUCCAUCCAGCCAUUUACCUUCCACCCUGUGGCAACAAAACAUGCUUCUAUGAAAAUAGGUUUGUUGCCCCUGUGUGGCUAUGUGGUCUGUUUCAGGGGUGAGGGCGGGGAGGA